AUGACAGAAGUGUCUUCUCCUGAAUCUGUGGAGGCCAUAGAGCCCUAUCAAACAACAGCUGUUAAACAUACUCAGCGGCACGCCUUCCAUCUCCGGACCCUCCGUCCGGAGUACUACUCCCCGCCGACGUCGCCAACACCUGUACGUCGGCAGGGGAGGCGCCGGCCGCCGAGCAGCUUGGUGCCCUCAGGCCAACCGGCCUCGAACAGGGCUCCCGGUCCCGGUGGUGUAGUGCAGCGCAUGAAGUGGACUCGACCCAUGAACGAGAAUGUCAUGCGCGCCUACUAUGGGGCGACAGGGGGAGGAACUAACCUCACCGCGUACCGUGCAAGAAUGCUCUCUCUGUUUCAGACCCUUGAACCGGACGUCGACGUAUCGGCACAACGUUUGUCGGAUCAAGUGCGAGUUAUCCAACGUAAUCACAGGUUGGAUGACGCGACGCUUGAUCGAUUGCGCUCUGAAAUGCAGACUAGCCCUGUCGUCGGUACCCCGUCAAUAGCGGAAGCGCCAGCUGCAAGCGCGCUGCCUGCCAACCCUGCUGACGGGGGAGAUGAUGACGGUGCUAUAACUGUAGGUACCCAGUGCAGUCAUAUAAGGAGUACAUUGGAACAGGCGGUUCGGGAGUAUCGGUCAACACCCCGGGACCAGAGGCCGCGACUACCUCGCUUGCCCAUGCACAACCGAAACAAGGCGCUAAUGGGUGUCCUGGAUUCGCUGCUAUCCAGUUAUUUUGGGAACAGCGAAGACCUCAGUGACACUCACUCGCUUCUGUACUGUGCGGCUGUUGCGGCGUGUCGUGUAGUUGGUGUUACCUUUCGAGACAACACAGCUGCACGGCCUAGGCAAGCAGCACCAGCCUGGCAGUGCAGGAUUGAGAAGCGUGUUGCUGAGGCCAGGACACUCAUAGCCAAACUUGUUGUGUUUCGGGGCGGAAACACUCGUCCUAGGGUCAUGCGGUUUGUAAAGCGGGCGUUUGCUGGGACUAAUAUUAGCUCCAGCGAAUAUACCGCCCGAGUUACAGAACGUAUUGACUUUUUUAAGCAAAAGGUGUGUGCCUGGGCAAGCCGUAUUCGACGGUACAAGACUCGAGUGGACCGAUUUCAUCAGAACCGUAUGCUCCAAAGAGACCAAAGUUGGGUGUACAGAUCUUGGGAGCAACCUGCGUCGCCGGACGCCUGCCGGAUGAUGUCGCCAUAA